AUGAAGUUACGUCAGCGCCUUCACAUGAGCUACGGAAAACAAUACGUUGCAGGACUUCGCCGCUACACUGAGACGCAAGAAGAUCCACUUCGCCGCUAUACUGAGACGCAAGAAGAUCCGUUGGUCAAUCCCAUCGAUAAGAAAGUGAAUCCUUGGGCUGAGAAGAGCAAGUGUUCUGUGUUAUAA